GUGACGCUGUAGCUUUAAGACUUGGGGGCGUGUCCCCGUGGCUCCGCCUCCUGCUCUUAAACCUACAGUGGUUGAGCGGCGCGUCGGAUGUUUGUCGUCUUGUCAAACGGCCACAGCGGGACGAGGUGUGUACGGUGGUCGGUAAUGUUCUGCACCGAGGCCUGCCUCUAACCUCCCGGCCGAGAGGACGUUUCCGCCGCCGCCGCUGCUGCCUUCAGGAACCGCCGAGCGGAGACAGCCCGCCCGCCCGCCUUCCACCGGGAGCAUGGACCUGCACAUUCUCGACCACAGGCUGCGGGUCACCAGCAUAUCCAAGAGCGGACUGGAGCGGUUCACACACCCCCUCAUCAAACUCAUAUUUCUGCGGAACCGGACACGAUGCAAGUUCUUUAGCCUGACAGAAACCCCGGAGAACUUCACGCUGGUGCUGGACGAGGAGGGCUUCAAAGAGCUGCAGCCCUCGGAGCACCUCCAGGUGGAGAGCUCCACCUGGCUGCCGCUCAAUGUCGUCUCCAACGGCAACGUCUCCAGCAGCUCCCAGGCGGUCGGUGUGACCAAGAUCGCCAAGUCGGUCAUCGCUCCUCUGGCCCAGCAGCACGUCUCGGUGUUCAUGCUGUCCACAUAUCAGACCGACUUCAUCCUGGUGAGAGAGAAAGACCUGUCUGUGGUUGUCAGCACCUUGAAGGAAGAGUUCAGCAUUUACCAGGAGGUGAAGGGAGAGUCCGUCCCCGUGCGUUGCCAGGAUGUGACGAACGGCCUUCAGAAGAACGGCAAAGAAGCCAUCCAGCCGACAGUUCACCCGGUGCUGAUCCCUCAGAACCAGUUCUGUGUCAUGUCUCUGGACCCGGACACGCUGCCGUCCAUCGCCACCACUCUCAUCGACGUCCUCUUUUACUCCAGCAGUCCUAAAGAAGAAUCUCCAGAGCAGGAGCUGGACUGCAUCAAGUUCUUCUCCUUCUCCCUCAUCGAUGGAUACAUCUCUCUGGUGAUGGACUCUGAGGCCCAGCGACAGUUUCCUUCUGAUCUUUUGUUCACCAGCUCCUCUGGAGAACUCUGGAGAAUGGUCCGUAUUGGAGGACAGCCGCUUGGUUUUGAUGAAUGCGGGAUAGUCGCUCAGAUAUCGCAGCCUCUCGCUGACAGCGACAUCUCUGCGUAUUACAUCAGCACUUUCAGCUUCGACCACGCUUUGGUUCCUGAGGAAGACAUCGUGAGUGUGACGGGCAUGCUUCAGCAUCACCGGAAAGAACCAGCUGCCAGCUGAUUUCUGAAGCCGCCGUUGAGCUGAUACCGAUCGUCUGGUUUUCCCUUUACUUCCUCAGUCCGGGGGGCAGGUUUGCACGUAGGGAGGCUGACUCCGUGCACACGUUUGCACUGCGAUAAUCACAAGUUUGCCAUGAACACCGGAAGCGCUUCUUUCUUAACAUGAACACCUCACAGGUUGUGUGUAGGCACCUCUUAGGAUGGGAGCACCAAAGCUGCACAUGAUGGUGCACAAACGGAUGAGCAGGAAGUCAGAAACCAACAUGAUGAUGGACCGUUCCGCUCCUCCUGGCCUGCAUUUACAUUCAAAGCACAAACUUUGGCUUGACAUGUGAGAUAUACAUCCCACAUGACUUCUUCAUGUGACUUACCUGUAAUGAAAACGAAAAGUUCAUCAUGUUUCACUUGUAAGACGGGAUAAAGAUGCGGCUCUGCACAACAGCAACUUUUCGAGGGAAGAGUUUGUGCACAGCUUCGAGGAAAAAAAAAAGAGGAAGUUAGUAUUACAAUAAUUACUUCCUCAUUUAAGGUUAGCUCUGAUUAUAUUUACUGUUACAGUGUUUGCGGUAUUGUGGUGCCAAUUUCACUUCCUAAAUAACUAACAUAACAUAUAUUUUUUAGGCGUUCCUCGUAUCUAAUCUAAUAUUAGAAAAAUACUGAACAAAUUUGCUUUUUAUUAGAAAAAAUGUUCAGUUAUAUUGAGGUCAAAGGAAAAUGGCAGCAAAAGGCGUUUCUGUUACUUCCUUCCAGCGAAACGUUAAGAUCUUCCAGAUUCCGUCUUAAAUAGUUUCACUGAAUAACAUUUGUAUUUUGUAACCUAGAGGAACUCAUGGGAGAAAACUUUUCAUACAAAAAAGAAAAUCUUUGUUUUUUUGUUCUGAAUUGACAGAUAUCAAAUAAAUUCAGCUUUUUUUUUACCAGUCAUUAACGCUAUGUCUUAGAUUUUGUUGUUAUUUGCACAGAAAUUGAACUAAGACAGCUACAUUUUAUACAACUCAAAGUAUUCUGUACACAUUUGUAUUCUCUGUGCUGCUUUAUUCAAUAAAAAACAAAAAUUCAACUCUU